UGUGGGGGCAUCUCUGUCUGUCCUGUGCAGGUCUGGAUUCUGGCGGAGAUCCCAGAGCAUCCCGCUCUCUCCCUUGCAGCUGCAGUUACGUGAACUCACCCUCCACAGCACGUGCCCUGUCCUUGGCUAGUCACAUUUCCCAGUGCAGGUUUGGAAAGAUGUUGCCUUUGGAGAAGGCAUUUGCCACCCCCAGGAGCUCCCUGAUUCCCCCAGAACUGCCUAUGCUAGGAUCAGCAGCUGAGGACCAAGAGGAGGACCCCAAGACUGUCGUCGGGAAGGACCUUGAGUUCUCCCGCCAGCACUUCCGGAACUUCAUCUACCAGGAAGCCGCCGGGCCCCACCAGGCCCUGACCCAGCUGUAUGAGCUGUGCCGCCAGUGGCUGCGGCCCGAGGCGCACUCCAAGGAGCAGAUGCUGGAGCUGCUGGUGCUGGAGCAGUUCCUGAGUGUCCUGCCUGACAAAGUACGGCCCUGGGUGGUGGCACAGCAUCCUGAGAGCUGCACGAAGGCAGCCUCUCUGGUGAAGGACCUUACCAAGGCCCUGGAAGAGCCAGGUGGGCCCGUGAGGGCCAGUGAAGACCUGGAAUCCAGCGAGACCCAGGCAUCCCCCGACACCUCCUGUCGCACUCUAGACCCUGUGCUUCUGGAACAGGGGAGCACCGGCGACGAGAAGACUGAAGAGGCCAAGCCCGCAAAGGUUGAGCCGAAGAAGUUGACAUUUCCGGAGGUGCCUCUGUACCUGGGCGAGUGGGGCCACCUGGACCCGGCGGAGGAGAACCUGAAGGCCUUCCGGAAACUGCUCUUGUGGGGGUUUCAGCUUGCCCAGCCUGAUGAUGCCUGCAGGCUGGAGACAGAGGAACUUCGGUUGGUUGAAACAGAACCACCAGAAGGCAGCUUCUCAGGCGGCAGGAGGUGGCAGGAAGGUAAAGAGAACAUGUGUGAGACGCUGAUGGAGAGGAUCACGAGGGAAAUUCUCGUUUGCCCCCUAACGGGUGCUGCCCCAGAAGAGGAAGAGCAGCUGCAGAAGGCUCUGGAGCCUCAGGAGGGGGAACCAAGCCCUGUCACCAUAGCCCACAGGCGGUCAGUCAUCCGGGAGCCAGCCCAGGACAGGGGCACAGCUGGGGGGAGCCUUCCUGUGCCUAUAAGGCCAGCCACCCCACACCAAGGCCUUGGAAGAAAGAGGCCCCGCCCAAAGGAUGUGGGUGGGCAGGGCCCCGAGUGUGUCUCCAGUGUGAGCAACCACCCAUUGUGCCACGUGAGGGAGCCUGAUGCAGCUGGCCACAGCGCAGGGUCCCUGGCCAGGCAGGACCUGGAUGGCUCUGUGGGAGGCUGCCCUGCUGCCGAUGAGCCUGGGCUGUCCCGAGGGAAGCCCUACGCGUGUAGCGAGUGUGGGGAAACCUUUGCGUGGAUCUCACAUUUCAUUGAUCAUCUCAGAAGCCACAGUGGCAGGAAGGUGUAUGCGUGCCAGGGCUGCUGGAAGACCUUCCACUUCAGCCUAGCCCUGGCCGAGCACCAGAAGACCCACGAGAAGGAGAAAAUCUACGCGUUGGGCAGGGCCCUGGGACCCCACCCUGCUGUGUGUGGAACCCAUGCCAGUGGGAGGCUCAGUGGGCGCACGGGGUGUGUGGCGGGUGAUGUUUUCCCUGUGCACUCUGAGGCGCAGAGAUGAGCCACUUGCUCGAAGUGUCCCUAGAGGACAACUUCGCCUGCCCAGGAUUCCAGAGAAAUGUGUCUGGCUCCUUUGAAACCCUUGCGUGGCUUCUUGCAUUGUCUACGUGGACGUGAGUCUUGUCUGUUUUCUAAAUGAGCUCGUGUGGCUAAAGCACUUAGAACCCAGGAAGGGCCCUCGGGAAGCCCUUGUCUCCUUGUAAACACACCCAUGCAGAUGCCCACACGCAAGCACGAGCUGUCAGGUGUGAAAGAAGAUUUCCUCCUCUUCUGUAGCCAUUUUAGCACCACCCGCGCAUUGGAACGUUGUCAUUGUGCAGAGUGUAGAGUUGCCUUAAAGUGUGUGAUUGGCUAGCUCUUGCUGAAGUCAGCCUUGUCCCUGUUCCUCCUGUUCAAGCUCCCCAGGGCUUCUGCUCAGCCAUUGGGUCCUUUCGUAAACACCUGAUGUCAGGUUCACUUCUGAAUCCUCACUAGCAAACUGUUUUCUAGUUAAUGCACGUUGUCCACGUGUGUGGAGUGGCUUAACAAAGAUCACAAAGAUGCUUGGAGCCUAGUAACACAGUGUUUUCAAACUGUGCAUCUCAGCCCAUUAGUGAAUUGUGAAAUCAAAUUAGUGGGUGGCCACCAGCAUUACAACACAAUGAAAUUAGAAUUAAAUAGGUCAAAAUUCAUCAUGUAGUAAAGGCAGAUGAUGUUUUGUGAAACUUUUCAGCCAUAUAUCUAACUAUGAGACCUGGUUGCAGUAUAAGAUGUAUUUCUUACUCAGAGUGUGGAGGGUCAUGAUCAUAGCAGGUUGAAAACACCAGUAAAGGUUGAUGAGAUGUGUCUGCCUGGGCAAGCGGAACUCCUUGGGCUACAUAGGUGAUCUUUUUAUUUUUGCAUUUAAUCUCAGAUUACAGCAUUGUUUCUGUUGCCUGAGCAUAAACUUUUAACUGCUUCUUGUAGAUAAACUGGUGCCUCUUUCCGUCAUGGUGUUUGAGCAGGCAGUCUGUUGUAACGAUGCCUAAAUCACAUAUGCUUAACAUAAUAAAGGAUUUAUUUCUCGCACUCACA